UAACACUCGGAGCAUGUGUGUGGAUGUCUGUGUUGCCACACUGUGUAGUCUUUUGGUUCAUUGAAGAGACAACAAAAUCACUCAGAACAGCCUUUCUAUAAAGAAAUAUUAGAAGACAGGACCAUUCAAAGUUUUCAGUGGAGUCUUACAUUCAGAGAAUUAAUGGGGACGAUUUCUGAUGACAUCAGAAGGCUUCUCGAAGAUUGUGAGCUGUUUGUCUCAAGUAUUUUGCAGGAUGAGAACCUCAGUAGACAUGCUCAAGAAACAAGAGAAAUACUACUAAACAACUUUCGUAUUGUCCACAACAGAAAUCCACAGACAUUUCCAUACAGAUCUGAUGUUAGACAUGAGGACAGUUCAGAUGACAACCAUAGUAGCCUGGGACGCUCUGCCCCUUCUGACGAUCUGUCUGUGGCAUCAGACUAUCAGGAGGACACUGCGCCUGAAUAUUUUGGAGAUAUUCCCACGGUUGCAGCACAAGACCUGAGUAAUAUUCUGAAGCAGGGCUAUCUGGAGAAAAAAAGACGUGAUCAUAGCUUCUUCAGCAUGGAGUGGCAGAAAAGGUGGUGUGUCCUGAACAAUACCAUAUUCUACUACUUUGGAAGUGAAAAAGACAAACAGCAGAAAGGAUCUUUUUAUAUCAAUGGCUAUAGUGCAGAGCUGGUAUCCAACUUGCGUAAAGACUCCAAGAAAAACUGCUGCUUUGAGAUGAAUGCUCCUGGAAGGCGUUCUUACCAGUUCACUGCCAGCAGCCCCCGUGAGGCCAGGGAAUGGGUGGACCAAAUCAAUUUUGUCUUAAAGGACCUGAGCUCCAGCUUCAUCCCCUUUGAUGAUGAUGAGGAAGAGGAAGAGGAGGAAGAAGAGGAGGCAUAUGAUGAUAUAGAAAGGACAGCAACUCCACCACCACAUCCUGCAGGUGUGGUCUCUACAGCUUCCCCGGCUCCAGUACCACCACCUGGUAGCCAGGAGGUGAAGAAGGACAGAGCAGGGGCAGCCAGAGGGGAAGAGGAAGAUGAGGAAGAGGACAUCUAUGAAGUGCUGCCAGAGGAUGAACUCUCUGACCAGUCUGAGGAGAGCACCAAGAGAUACCAAAGAUCAGAUCCAUCAUCAGAUUAUGCCAAUUACUAUCAAGGCCUGUGGGACUGUGAGGCAGACAAGCCAGAUGAGCUCUCGUUUCAAAGAGGAGACCUCAUCUAUAUUCUGAGCAAGGAGUACAACAUCUAUGGCUGGUGGGUUGGUGAGCUGCAUGGUGAUAUUGGCAUUGUACCCAAAGACUUCUUGCACCCUGCAUAUAUUAUUUAAGCUGUUAAAGUAUAUAAAGCCCCAGUUCUUAGGCAUGGACCCCAAACAGUCUUCAAGCCUCACCAGAAUCACCACAGAAGUGUGUCACUGAUGUUUACUACAACCCACAGAACAGAGGACGCUAUUUUACACACAAAAUUAGCAAGAAACAACAUAGCUUGUGCAGGUAAAUGAAAAGUUUUAAAUGAGUGCAAAGUGAAUAUGAUGGACAACAUUCUCCCAACAAAACAAAACAAAACCAGCAGGAAUUAAUGCUGAAUUUUGUGUCUGCUUAAAUAAACUGCCAUAGUUAGA